AUGACGGAUUGGAAUAAUUUUUUAAAAAGAAAUAGAGAUUAUAUCAAAGCUAAGAAUAAAAUAAAGACCCAAGUUGAAAAUAACAGAUUACAACAACUCGGAUUAACGGAAAAUCUACAGACUCUAUUUCAACCCAUAUUAAAAAGUCAAGAAGAUAUUAAAAAGAAAUUAGCUUUAGAACCCACGCCUCAUAUAGAACCCAAACCGAUUGAAUAUAAUGCUAUUAUAAUUAGGACAUUAGAUGAUAUAAAACGUCUUUUUUCAAACCCUGACCCAGAUUUACCAAAGAGCAUUUCACCAAUCGUUGAUGAUGAGGAAAGUCAGGACCCGAAACAAGUUGAUUUUUAUAUAACAAAAGUUAUUGAGGAAGAGGAGGUAGAUGAUUAUGCAGAAGAUUAUCCACCAAUCAUACAAGAAAUAGACGAAUUCGAUGAUAUGGUGGCAUCUGGACAAGGCAUAACGUUUUUAUCCGACGACAAUAAAGAAUUGCUUAAUAGAUUAGAAAUAAUAUUAGCGGCCAUGAAAGAAGGUCAUCGAUCGGACAGACAAUACAACGAAGUCAAUGCCAUAUCAAAACGGCUUUUGGAGAAAAAAAUCAUCACUAAAAAAGACUAUAUAAACGUCAUUAAAAAUGUCCAAUAA